GCAUCACACAGCUGAUCCCAAAGGAGUAUAAAACCCCCCCACCUGGAAUAUGUGGUGACAGUGGACGAGGAGAGACUACAAAACUCACAGCUGACUGGCAGGAGGAAAGUACACAAUGGCAGAUUUUGGGCUGUAUGGGUACCAGGAAGAAGUGGUUGAAAGGGCUAUUCGUGGAGAGAACAUAAUCAUCUGGCUGCCGACAGGAGGUGGAAAGACUCGUGCUGCUGUUUAUGUGGCCAAAAGACACCUAGAGACCACUAGGAAUGCCAAAGUCAUGGUCCUAGUAAGCACGGUUCACCUGGCAGACCAACAUUAUGAACAUGAGUUCAAGGGUCCCCUGGGCAGUGACUACACCCUGGCGUCAGUCAGUGGAGAGAAAGAGGAGAAGGACUUCUUUGGCAAAGUGUUUGAGAAAGCAGAUGUGGUCAUCUGCACAGCCCAGCUUUUGUACAAUGCCAUGACAAACACAGAGGAAACCAAGCAUGUUGAGCUCUCAGAUAUCACUCUUCUGAUAAUUGACGAGUGUCACCACACCAACAAGGACCACGUCUACAACAAGAUAAUGGCAUGCUAUGUAGAGAAAAAGUUAGAAGGAGAACAACGGCUGCCACAGAUCCUUGGCCUCACUGCGUCACCGGGGGCAGGGGGUGAAACAAUCUUGUUCAGAGCUGUGGAGCAUGUACUGCAGAUAUGUGCAAACCUUGAUUCAGCCAUCGUUUCAACGAAAAACUAUGUGCCUGAGCUGAAGGAGAAAGUGCCCCGACCCAAGAAGGAUUAUGCCAUUGUGGAGAAAAGGCCUAAGGAUCCAUUUGGGGAUCAUCUGAAGGCGAUGAUGAGCCAAAUCCAUGAGUUCAUGAGCAUCCCUCCAGACUUCAAUCUGAGACAGUGUGGCACACAAGAGUACGAGAUGGAUGUGGUGAUGCUGGAGAAGCGAGGUGUAAGCGACAACAACAGACGGUUAGCACGAUGCGCAGUCCACCUCAGAAAGUACAACGACGCCCUGCUCAUCAAUGACAUUCUGCAAAUGAUGGAUGCCUAUUGCUACAUGGAGGAGUUCUACAUCCCCAUAUUCAAUUCAAUUAUCGAUGGAACAGAGACCUUCCUGGUGGGACUUUACAAAGAUAAUCAGGGGGAGCUGAGGACACUGGCAAGCAAUCCCCUCUAUGAGAACCCAAGGAUGGCCAGACUGGAGAACAUCCUGCUAAAGAACUUUGGUCCAGGUUUGCAAUCAAAAGGGAUCAUCUUCAGCAAAACCCGUCAUUGUGCAGGCCGCCUCAACAAAUGGGUCCUCAACAAUGAAGCCUUACAGGAUGCCGGCAUCAAGGCAGCCAUCCUCACUGGAGCCGGCAGUAACAUCAAUAACAUGACACUGAACGAGCAGGAAAACACAAUCCGCAGUUUCCGCCAGGAUAAACUCAACCUCCUGAUCUCCACCAGCGUGGCUGAAGAAGGCCUUGACAUCCCUGAGUGCAACCUGGUGGUCCGCUAUGGGCUGCUUACGAACGAGAUCGCCCAGCAGCAGGCCAGCGGACGAGCCAGAGCGAGAGACAGCCAGUAUUCAGUGAUCGCAGAGGAAGGGGGACCUGAAAUACGCAGGGAGAAGACGAAUGAAUUCCUAGAAGAACUGACCGGAAAAGCCAUUGCACAGGUGCAAAAUAUGAGCCUCCAGGAGUUUCGCAGCAAGAUAACUGAGCUACAAAAAAUAGCUGUUAAUGCCAGAAAAGUUGUUCAGAGCCAACAAACGGCAAAGAGGGGCUUUCACGCUGCUUCCCGUGUCCAGCUUUUGUGUCGUAGAUGUUUCAAGGUUGUCGCUUCAGGCAGUGACAUCAGACUUGUCGAGAAUAUGCACCAUAUCAUCGUCAAUCCGGACUUCAAACAGCACUACAAAGUCGGUGAGCAGGUGUUCAUAGACAGGACUUUGGGGGACUGGGAGCCUGGAUGCUCAAUCAGCUGCAAUAAUGGAAACUGCAACCAGAAAUGGGGAUGUGAGAUGAAGUACAAGAAGAUUGCCCUUCUGCCCAACAUAGCCAUUAAAAACUUUGCCAUGGACACUCCUGAUGGCCGGAUCACCAAGAAGAAGUGGAAGGACGUCACUUUCACUCCUGAGGAAUUCAGCUUCAAAGAAUACUGCCUCGGCAACGUAACAGAUCUCUUUGAUUGAGACAUGAUAGUGCUGGUGGGUUUGAAAUGUAGUUUUUACUCUUUGCUGUACUUUCUUUAAUGAAUCCAUUGUUUUCAUUUUCCACUGGUUGAACACUUCCUGCUUCUCGUGCUAGCAUUUGUUUGCACUACAGGGCGAGUGAGGCAGGAGCGUGAUAAACUCAUUACACAUUUGUCAUGCUUGAAAUUAGCAUGACAGCUUUGUUUACACCCAAGGUCCUAGCUCCCGUUGCAUGUGUUUGUUUGCAUUUCCUCUGCUUUGUAUCAAGUCUAUCACAGGAUCAAUGAACUUUGCUGUUACAUGAACCCAAACCAUCAGCCACGCUUAUCCUGUCAUCACAAAGAGGAUUUCAUAACAGUCUUUUAGCUAUUUUAAAAUCAUUUAAACUGAAUUUUAAUAUUGGAUGCAGCGGUACGAAUGUGUUUAUGUGCUUGGAGUUUGGGAGAUCUAGGAUGUACUGUAAAUCAGAGGGAAAUAUUUUAACAUUAAAAAUAGUUUUUAUUUGUUUUUAUAGGUAACUGUAUUUCUUGCUGUAACCUCUUUUAUAAAAAAUAAUCACAGCUAUUGUGAAUAAGGAGAGGACAUUUUUUUACUGUAAUUCCCUCUUGAUAUGCCUUACAGUUCUUUGUAUUUAUUUUGUCUCGAUCGACCACUAGGUGUCAGUGUUGGUAAGCAAAUCCACUCAAACAGUUUUUCUGUGUGUAACUGCCAACAAAUAUUUUACAAAUGCCUGAAUCAAAAAUAUGCUGUUUCUCUAAUUGAUGCCCGGAAUAAGAGAAUUGAAUGUAAAUCGUGAUAUUAAUUAAGAUUAUGGGAGAUUUCACACUCACAGAACUUGAAUGACCUUAAGCAAGGCACUCUGUCCUCAACUGCACCACCACAGCAUCUCUCGUACGGCCUGUUCAGGACCAAUGGUUACAGCCUCCAGAUACUUGAGUAUAGGACAUCUAAAAAAACAUUAGUCAGUCAACAGCAGGUUCUUUAUGAAUAAAAAGUUUUUUUUGCAACAAAAACAACCCUUAAAGUGUACUCAGAGUUGUGAAUGUGUUGACCUCGCUGUUCUGUUUCUGCAUCACUGGAUCAAUACAGGGUUAUGCAUUUUAGCUUGGAUCAUUAAACACAAUGCAUGUGAUCUUCAAAUUAAUUUAGAUACAGAUGUAUUUGAAUUGCAGAAAAUCAUUCAGCACCCUGGCUUUGCAGAUACAUUUUAUCGCAUAAUAACUUCCCUCUUUCUUCCAUCCAUCCAUCCAUCCAUUAUCUUGACCGCGUAUCCCGGUAGGGGUCAUGGGGGGCUGGAGCCUAUCCCAGCUGGCUUCUGGCAGAAGGCAGGGUACACCCUGGACGGGUUGCCAACUUAUCACAGGGCUCCCUCUUUCUUGAUUUUAGUAAUCCCAAUCAGACAUAUUUAGACUGCUAAUGAUAGCAACUGUCUGUAAUGGGUAUACAGUUUUGUUCAGCUGCUGUUUAUUCACAUUAAUCUAACUGGGUAUACAGCAGCACUGUUCCAGCUAUAAUAAGCAGCUUCCAAAACAAACCCAGAUUAUGAAUUUAAUUAUUAAUUUCUGGCUGCCAGCUAUAAGGGGUAUACUCACUUUUGAACCAUAACACAUCUUUGUGUGAUUCUCUGGUCGAAACACGGUGAGGUUGCGCUCACAGUGUCACAUGAGCCAUAAUCCCCUCAAAUCUGGCAGAGAGCUGGAGCUGGUGCUGGUGCUGCAGCGAUGGACAUAAUCACACUAAAAACAGGCUCUGUGCCGGUGUCAUGCCUGACUCAGACUCAGGCAGGCAGAGAGGAGCCGUACAGUGUAUGAUUUGCUCUGAUCAGGCUCAGGCUCUAUAAUCAACUUUGAUUACUUCCUUUUACUUCCCAGCUCAACACCCUGUGCAUCUUAAUUGCAAUUAGCUCUCUUCUGAAAUUAAAGCAGCUUGGAGGUGCACAAAGGCUAA